AUGGCUCCAUCUGAUGGUGGUGCUAAGUUUGAGCUCCUCGAGAAUAGCGGGCACCUGGGUCUACCUCUCUUUUUCGUCUUGCCAGUAGCCAUAUACUUUCUGGCGUGGGUGGUUUACACCCAAUUGUUCCAUCCUUUGAGCAGAAUCCCGGGUCCGUUCUGGGGAUCCGUCUCUCGAUUGUGGCAGGUCUACCACAUCUCCAGCGGCAGAAUCGAGUAUGUGCAACGUGAACUGCACAAACGCUAUGGCCCGGUGGUUCGCAUCGCCCCAGACGAGGUUCUAUGCUCGGAUCCGGAGGCUAUCAAGACUGUCUACCCAAGUCAAAGCCCUCCAGUCAAGACAAACUUUUAUCCUCCAUGGGGAUAUCCCGGGAUCUCUAAAUACGCAGAUCUUUUCAGUGAGACCAAUGAGCAGCUUCACUCGCAGCGUCGAAGGAUCGUCAACAACGUGUUUAGCCUGUCGACGGUGCUGUCGCUCGAGGAGUAUAUCAACAAAUGCUCGGAGCUCUUCAUUCGACGUAUGGGCGAGUAUGCGGACAAUCAAAGUGUUAUGGACAUUGGAGAAUGGGUGCAGUGGUACGCAUUCGAUGUUAUCGGUGAACUCUUUUUCGGGCGCAUGUUUGGUUUCAUGGAGGGCGCUUGCGAUCAUGGAAACUACAUUGAGGCAUUGGACAGCUUUCUGCCAUUCAUCACCACGAUGACCAUGACUCCGAAACCAUAUCAGGGCCUUUUCAAGCUGUGGGCCAUGUUCAGUCCAUCUUCUCGCAAGGCGAUGCAAACGAUGCCGAAGAUUGCUGAAGUUGCGAAAACAUGUGUGGCGGACCGCAUUCAGCUCGAAAAAGAACAGGGCAGUGUCCGGAGCGAUCUCUUGCAGAAGUUUUUGACCAUCCUCCAGACCAAAGGAGGACAAGUCGACUUUGGCAUGGGUGAAGUGGAACUCCUGUCACUGACUGCACUAUUUGCUGGAUCCGACACGACAGCAAUCGCUAUGAGAGCUUGCUUUUACUAUCUCCUGAAAAACCCCGCGGCCUAUGCAGAACUCCAAAAAGAGCUCGACGAGGCUGCCGAGACUGGGCAAAUCAGCAAGCCGGUCAAAUUCAGCGAGGCGUCUCGACUGCCCUUGUUGUGCGCCACGAUCAAAGAAGCCCUACGUAUGCAUCCUGCCGUCGGCCUGCAACUCCCUCGUGUAUCUCCCGCAGGCGGAUUAGUGGUCGCAGGCAGAUUCAUCCCUGCGGGUUAUCGCGUGGGCAUGAACGCCGCCGUGCUCGGAUACGACGAAGCCACAUAUGGGUCGGACGCGUCAGAAUUUCGACCUAACCGGUGGCUUGAGAGUGAGAAGGGCGACCAGAUCCAAGCCAGCAAGAUGGACAGAAACAGCCUGGUAUUUGGAGCGGGCACAAGGACAUGCAUUGGGAAGAACAUCUCACUAGCCGAGAUCCAUAAGCUGGUACCUCUGGUCCUACUCAACUUCCAUCUCGAGCCUGUCGAUCCGCACAAGACGUGGCAAACGCAGAAUUUCUGGUUCAACAAACAGAUUGGGAUCCGUGUUCGGGUUACGCGAAGGUCUUGA